GCUUGAAGGGAGAAAGCCUUUCACCUAAAGCACUACCAAAUGGAAAGUUCUUUCCAAUUGUCAGCGCUGCACGUGCCAAAGCUUCUGGUUCAUCAAUGGGAGAUGCGUAAGGAUAAAACAUUCAGGCUAUUGUUAUUUUGAUUCUAUAAGCCCAUUUUUAAAAGCUCCUGUGCAUAGUAACGUAUGGUGUGCUUUUUUUCAUCGGUCAUAGCAUACUUAGCAAUGCCACAGGCUUUUUUGUUUGAUUCGUACAGCCAGCUUUGUAAGGCUGGAACAUUGGAUCCUAGAAAGGUGAAUGGCAAAAUCUUGGUCUGCCUUCGAGGGGACAAUGCAAGGGUCGACAAGGGCAGGCAAGCUGCUUUGGCUGGCGCUGUGGGAAUGGUUCUUGCCAAUAACGAGAUUUCUGGGAAUGAAAUUCUCGCUGAUCCUCAUGUCCUCCCUGCUUCACAUAUCAAUUACACCGAUGGUGUUGCUGCAUUCAGUUACAUACGUUCCGCAAGGUCUCCAAUGGCUUAUAUUACUAGUCCAACCACACAAUUGGGUGCAAAACCAGCUCCUUUCAUGGCGGCUUUUUCAUCAAAGGGACCCAACACAGUUACUCCAGAGAUACUUAAGCCUGACAUUACAGCUCCAGGAGUCAGUGUAAUAGCUGCCUACACUGAAGCACAGGGACCAACAAAUGAAGAUUUUGACAAGCGCCGAGUUCUAUUUAAUUCAAUAUCAGGCACUUCAAUGUCGUGCCCUCAUGUUUCCGGAGUUGUUGGCCUACUGAAAACCCUCCAUCCUACCUGGAGUCCUGCAGCAAUAAGAUCAGCAAUCAUGACCACUGCAAGAACACGGGACAAUGUAAUAGAGCCAAUGACCAAUGCAUCACACUUCAAGGCAACACCAUUUAGUUAUGGAGCAGGGCAUGUGCAACCAAACCGUGCCAUGGAUCCUGGAUUGGUUUACGAUUUGUCUAUCAACGAAUACCUAAACUUCCUAUGUUCCCUUGGAUACAACCAAAGUAAAAUCGCGCUGUUUUCAGAGGGUCCUUAUACAUGCCCCAAGCACAUUAUCCUAACAGACUUCAACUAUCCCUCAAUUACAGUCCCCAAGCUUGAUGGUUCAAUAUCUGUGAUUCGAACUGUUAAGAACGUCGGUUCUCCAGGUACUUACAGAGCACGUAUCAUUAAACCAACAGCAAUAUCUGUUGCAAUCGAGCCAGACAGCCUCAAGUUCAGAAAGAUCGGCGAAGAGAAGACCUUCAAGCUAACUCUAAAUGUUACAAAAGCCAGUGCAGCAAUGGACUAUGUAUUUGGACACUUGAUAUGGUCAGAUGGCAAGCACUUUGUGAGGAGUCCUAUUGUGGUGAAGACAGUCUAGAGACUAACAUAUUGAAUAACUUCCCCUACUAAAUCUAACUUUGAUUUCUGUUAGUCCAUUGAAUAAUUCUUCACAUCAGCCUGGUUUUUGUCAUAUGGUUUGGUUUCGCCCGUAAGGAAGAAAUCCAUCCAUUGAGCUUACAUGAAGAAAAGAACGAGAAAAGAAUAAAGAAAAACCUGCCAGCUAGUAUCCUGUGAUCUGAAAUGUGCUGUCAGAAGAUAGCACGAUACCCUUGCCUAGACUUUUUUGAUAUAUGUGACAUCUGAACAAUGUCCGAUUUCAUAUUUUUGAACUAUUUCCGUUGUGGAAAGAAUCUUGG